GGAACUCUGGGAUGGUGCUUGGGAAGAAGUUCAUGGUUGCCGUGCGCACCACACUGCGACUGGAGGUGCCGGUGGCCCAUGACGGCGUGCUGAUGGUCGACCGUCCCUAUGUGGAGCAUCUCGUUGCGCUGACCAACAGCAUGUUUGCCACCAACUUUGCGCGCAUCGCCCGCGUGACUGCUGCGAUUGCGGCGUUCUUCAAGCAGCUCGAGGAUGCCAAGAUGAAGGCCGAGGAAAAGGCCCGCGCAAAGGAACUCAAGAGGCAGCGCGGCUUGGCGGCGCAGAAGCAGCAGGCAGCGAGCUGCAAGUCAAGGGCAGCGGAAGCGGGCAGUAUUGCAUCUGAACCAGAGCAAGGCGACAGCAGCAGCAGUGGUGGUGGUGUUGGUGGUGAUGCUGCUGUGUUUGAUUUGUUUGAUUCAUAGCAGCGUCGCAUGUAUGGAUGUAACAAACCAGUGGGCAGGUGCUUUUGGCUGCUCCGUUGGCUGUGGCUGUGUUGGGUCAGGAUGUUUAUUGGAUGAUGAGCGAACUAUGGUCUUUGCAGGUGCACGUGCGCGUGUGUGUACAGAAGCGCGUAGACAGUUAAGAACAGGCGAUGAAUAAAGGCACGCAAGGCACA